CACACGCACGCACACACGCACAUGCACACACACACACGCACAUACACACACACACACAUACAACGGCGCUCGUCAUCUCGUCCUGCCACUGUUUCCCUGGACUAAGACUUGUCUUGACGUUCAUUUUACUUUUUCAAAACGCGCACAGGGAAGACUGAAAAACGUUCUGAAGCGCAUAGGUGAAUAAUCUGCAGAGCGUCUUUUUUUAUUGUUUUGAUUUUUUUUAAUUCAUUGUCAUAUUCAGGAAGGGAACUACCGGGAUACAAAGGAACAAGACAGUGACAUACCCCCCAAAACAGCCUUUUCCACUGACGCUGUUUCAUCCGAAACCUUCUUAUUUGCUGCUUUGAUGUUGUUCUGUCUGUAUUUUUUCGGUGAGACGUUCACGGACCCUCGCAGAACACCUGGAAUGGAAAAAGUUUAUCUGCUUCGACUGGACUGCAGUAAAAACUCCCAAGAAAUAAUGAAGUAACCGCUAUGGAGCCGGACAAUGCCCCGUACUCCAAACUCAAAACCACUGGAGUCGGGGGGAGAGUUCUGAUUCUUUGGACUAUACUUUCUUGCACAUGCUCUCUGAGGCUUGCACAAGCACAAGAUGUGGAUGUUCUGCAGCAGCUUGGGCUUUCUGGGCGAAGGGCAGAUGGGUUAUCAUCUUCAGGCACUCGCCCCAUCCCAAAUGGCAUCAUCCCCUUCAAGUCUGGAGUCAUCCUCACUCCGAGGGCACGUGUCCAGGUGCCUCUGCGCACUGUUCUCCCUGCUGACUACAGCUUGACCAACCUCUCCAUGAUCCUCAGCUUCUCUGUGCAUCGCAUCAACAAUGCUUUCCUUUUCUCAGUUCUGUCAAAAAAACGGAAAGUUCAACUUGCAUUGCAGUUCGUUCCGGGUAAGGUUGUGGUACACUUGGGGCAAAGGAACUCUGUGAGUUUUGACUAUGAUGUCCAUGAUGGCCGGUGGCACAGUCUUGCCUUGGAUGUCCAAGGCCAUCAAGUGUUUUUACACACAUCUUGUGGAAAGAAAAGCUUACAUAUGGACUUGCAUUCUAAAAAAGCAGAGGUCCUAGAUCCAGAGAGCUCUUUCCUGCUGGGCAAAAUAAACCACAACUCGGUGCCGUUUGAAGGUGCCAUCUGUCAAUUUGACAUUUAUCCAUCUGCUAAGGCAGCUCAUAACUAUUGUGAUUACAUUAAGAAACACUGCCGAGAAGCUGACACAUAUCGGCCAGUGUUUCCACCCCUGCUACCUCUAUUUUCCACAGAUCCAAACGUUACUGUCACUCACAUAACUCCAUUGUCCCUGACGGAGCUUUCCAAAAAGGGUCAUAGACCUACUAUGGCCUUGACUGAAGAAAACAUCAGGACUACAAUGCUUGUAUUAACGGACCACUUACCGAUGCAGAACGAAACAUCUGUGUUUCAGACCAUCAACACUCCAGAACCUGAUGCUGUAUCUGUUUCUCCUCCAGUUCUUCCAGGGUUGGAAAGCCCGUUAAACUUUCCGACUCAAACAGUUACAACAUCUCUGAGGAUCAGUGUGACAAAUCCAAACCUAACCGCCAGAAAGCAAGGAGAUACUAACUCCCCAAAACCUUCUGGGAAUAGUAUGGAUCUACCUGCCUCAAUUAGACCCUUUGAGAUGCAGCCAAACCUCCAGACCACAGCUGCUUCUCCUUCAAACACCUACCUUCCCCAUAAAAAGCAGUUGAGCACAGUAGCUCCAAAGGAUCCUGAGCCCAAAGUGACCAGCGUGCAGGAUGUCAGACCCACCUCGAAUAUUCCAGUCACUCCAGCUGCCACAGAUGGCUUUCAAACAUUUGACCAGGAACCAACCCACUACUCUUUGCUGGCUGGACCACCUGGACUAAAGGGAGAACCAGGACCACCGGGCCUUCAAGGACUUCCAGGGUUGCCUGGAAAGCCAGGGAAGAGAGGCCCUCGGGGUCCCCCUGGUCCUCAUGGAAACCCUGGUCCACCAGGACCUCCUGGAGUGAAGGGACAAAAGGGAGAUCCUGGACUGUCCCCUGGCCAAGCCCCAAAAGGACUAAAAGGAGAGCCUGGUGUCACGGGCCCCCCUGGAGUGCCUGGCCAACAUGGACGAAAGGGACAAAAAGGUCAUCCUGGCUCUUGUGGUCUCCCAGGUGAAACUGGUGAAUGGGGAGAUGAUGGAAGCCCUGGGGCCAAAGGCUAUCCUGGCAGGCAGGGUUUUCCUGGGCUUAUUGGAAUAAUGGGGCCAAAAGGAGUCAGGGGUCACAUUGGCGUCCCUGGGCUUUUUGGCCUCCCUGGUCCUAAUGGUGAGAGAGGUAUUCCUGGCAUUCAUGGGCAGAAGGGCAAGAUGGGUAGGCCGGGAUUUCCUGGGGACUUUGGAGAGAGAGGACCACCCGGGCCUGAUGGAAACCCAGGAGAAUUGGGUGCUCCUGGGCCAUGUGGAGUUCCUGGUCUUAUUGGAGAUAUGGGCCCUGUUGGCAUUAUGGGCUUGGCAGGAUCUUCAGGACUCAAGGGAGUACCAGGAAACCCAGGGGACCCAGGACUGAAAGGUGAUAAGGGGGAUAUGGGCUUGCUAGGAGAGCCAGGAGAGUGUGGACUUCAAGGGGACAAAGGUAUCCGUGGCUCACCUGGGUUACCAGGUCCUAGUGGAAAACCUGGACCACAGGGCAAACCUGGGGAAAAAGGCCCUGAUGGUUUAUCUGGCCCUCUUGGCCCAGAGGGGUUUCCAGGUGACAUUGGUCCCCCAGGACAAAAUGGCCCCGAAGGACCCAAGGGAAAGCAGGGGAUAAGAGGUUUGCCUGGUCCAGUAGGAGCAACUGGACUUCAGGGUGAUGAGGGACCAGUUGGGCCAGCCGGACCUGGUGGACUCGAGGGCAGGCCUGGGAGGCAGGGAUUCCCUGGAUCGACAGGCCCAGAUGGACUUAAGGGCGAGACUGGGAUUACUGGUGAGGUCGGAAAGCUUGGCGAGAGGGGACUGCCGGGUUUUACUGGGCCUGCUGGAGAGAUGGGCAUUACCGGAGAAAAGGGGGACCGAGGGAAAAUGGGGAUCCCUGGGCCGCCAGGGGAACGGGGGCCGAUGGGUCACGCUGGAAUACCCGGAGAGAGGGGGCCCCCUGGACCGGAUGGGAUCCCAGGGCCUCCUGGUUCACGUGGACCCAUAGGCAUCAGAGGUCCUAAAGGCAUUAGGGGUCCGAGGGGUCCUGAUGGCCCAGUGGGAGAGAAAGGGUCUCUGGGAAUAAAGGGCCCCGAUGGUCCACCAGGAAAAUUGGGCCUCGCAGGAGAGAUGGGGAAACUUGGUGAGCCGGGUGAAGCUGGGCCUAAGGGAUUUCCAGUAAGUGACUACACGGGAUGUCAAGGAUCUUCAGGGCCUCCAGGAGCCAAAGGAUUUCAGGGAGAUCCUGGACCAGCAGGGCCACCAGGAACGAUGGGGCCUCUGGGGGAGAUGGGACCAAUGGGUCCACUGGGCAAGGCUGGAGAGAGAGGACUGCCUGGUGAAACAGGGGAGAAGGGUGACACUGGUUUACCCGGCAACAUCGGUGAACAGGGUUUGAUUGGCCAGAGAGGUGAGCCAGGGAUUGAUGGGGAGGCUGGACAGAGCGGAUCAGAUGGGGCCAAGGGUGAAAAGGGAGACGCUGGUUUCGACGGUGCAAAGGGAGACAGGGGUGAAAUCGGCCUGAAAGGAAAGGAAGGGCCUCCUGGGCCCCCUGGACUGGUGGGUGUAAGGGGCCAGGAGGGGAAACCUGGCAAAAUGGGUGAAACAGGAAAACCUGGAGAAAAGGGGAUCAAGGGCCACCAAGGCGACCUGGGAGAGAUCGGGCCAGUCGGCGACCACGGAGAAAUGGGCUUUAUCGGUCCAAAGGGAGCGAGAGGUAGCGUCGGGCCAGUGGGCGCUCCAGGGAGAACAGGCCAACAAGGAAAUCCAGGUAUAUCAGGUUAUGAGGGUCACAUGGGACCACAGGGCCCACUGGGGCCUCCUGGGCCAAAAGGUGAAAAGGGCGAACAGGGAGACGACAGCAAAGCUGAAGGUCCUCUGGGUCCCCAAGGUGACAGAGGUCCUCCUGGAGACAGAGGAGAGAGAGGAGAGCCUGGAGACCCUGGACACCUUGGUCACAUGGGUUUUGAUGGAAAGAGAGGUGAUGCUGGUGCCACAGGGCUUCCUGGACAUCCUGGGCCUAAAGGUCAAACUGGGCUGAAAGGAUCCAAAGGUGAUCAAGGUCAGAAAGGAAAGAUGGGGGUGUCAGGCUCUCCUGGGACCAAAGGACCACCAGGUCCAGAGGGUCCACCUGGCCCAAAGGGGAGUGUGGGCAGGGAGGGCCUUGAGGGUUUGCCUGGAAUGGACGGACUGCCCGGUAAAGAUGGAAGCAAAGGAGUGAAGGGGGAGCAAGGUGAAGACGGAGAAGUGGGCCUACCUGGAAAACCUGGGCCGCAGGGUAAAGCUGGUGUGACAGGGCUUCCUGGAAGUCAAGGCUCCUUUGGACCAAAGGGAGAGAGAGGUCUCUCAGGUCAAAUUGGUCCAUCGGGAAAAAGAGGCUCCGUCGGCGGGAUGGGGUCGCCAGGAAAACAAGGAGACCAAGGAUCUAAAGGACGUCCAGGGGAUAGUGGAGAAAAAGGAUUUCCAGGGGUGUUUGGUCUAUUUGGGCCAAAGGGACCCACCGGGGACAUUGGCCCAGCAGCGAUACAGGGACCUAAAGGACCGCGCGGUUUAAAGGGUAUGGAGGGAGCUUUGGGUCCCGUCGGCAUCAUUGGCCCCAGCGGUCAUCCCGGACCCCAGGGUGACAAAGGAAAUCGGGGGGAGACGGGCUUGCAAGGACCAAGGGGAUUUCCUGGUCCUCGUGGACCACCAGGACCUCCAGGUCUUCCCAGUUCUGCACUUUCACUUAGAAAUGAGGCUCUUGGUGCUGCCUUUCAAGUCAUCAUUAAUUCUCAUACCCCACUGAGGCAAGAGAAUUUUCAGACCAUGGAGCAGCCUAUGUUGGACCAAGGAACGGAGAUUUUCAAGACCCUGCAGUAUCUUAAUAAUCUGAUCCAGGGUUUAAAGAACCCACUUGGAACCCGCAACAACCCUGCCAGAAUCUGCCGAGACCUCUACAACUGUGAACACAGAAUGAGCGAAGGCACUUACUGGAUUGACCCAAACCUUGGUUGCACCGCUGACACUAUUGAGGUGACAUGCAAUUUCACUGCUGGAGGACAAACUUGCCUGAAGCCUGUCACAGUAUCCAAGUUGGAGAUAGGAGUGGGCCGUAUCCAGAUGAACUUCAUCCACCUUUUGAGCACAGAGGCUGUGCAGCACAUCACCAUUCACUGUCUCAACACACCGGUGUGGGCAGCAGGACCCUUCCUGCAGCCUUCAACCACAGCUGUGAGCUUCAAGGCUUGGACCGGUGAGAAGAUCAGAGCGGGAGAUCUACUGGAGCCGCUCACACCGAUCGACGACUGCUGGAUCAAAGACGGCCGCUGGCAUCAGACACACUUCAUCUUCCAGACCCAGGACACAAACUUACUCCCCAUAGUGGAUGUGUCCAACUUACCAACAACAGAACCUGGCUCUCGCUAUCACCUGGAGGUUGGACCCGUGUGUUUCUUAUAAGGCCCCCGUGGAGGGGGGCCAGACGUACUCCUUCAUGGAGAGACCGCAUGGGGGAGGACGGAUGGGGGAGACCAGUCCUUCAGACCCUUCAUUUUUUUCUCUCUAUACAAAAUAUGCUUGGACUGCGGAAACAGGACUGCGCACCAGAGGAGGACAGCCCAUUGGAAAUGCAGAUUGGUCUUAUGGUGCUCAUCAGCCUAUGGAAAAUAACAAUCACCUCCUUUUUCAGAGACAAGAUUCCGUUUCCCCAUUUAGGAAGUAAUAUCAAAGUCUCGUUGUGAUCUCACAGACCAUGUUGUAUCAUAUUUUCUUCACGGUCUGAUGCUUCAUUUUACAAGAACCUAAAACACUUUUUUUCAUGGGAUCUGUGCAGAAUUAUGGAAUUCCUUUCUUAAUGUUGAAGUAUUAUUUAUACAUGUAUAUGUACUGUAUAUUGUAAUAAUUAGUGCAAUAGUUAUUGUUCCGCAGCCUUUUUGGCAUAUACGGCAUAUCACCAUCAUAACUCAUUCAGGUACACAGAGGCUUGCUGCCACCAGGUAAAUCUUUUUGAGCCUUUGCGAGACGUCACAUUUACACAGAUUUCUUCACAUGAACAACUGCUGCGUGGUCAUUUUUAAUGUUAAGCUGGGGCCAAGGGUUCCACGGUGUGUUUUGAGAUAAGUGUGUCCAGAUGCUACCUCGUACUGCACCUCUCAUCACACGGUAAACAAGUUGUUACCUUAUCUGGGAUGACACAGAGGUGACACCUAGUGCUGCAACAGUUGACACUCGGAUGAUAAAACUCUAACCAGCUCUCAGCCACACUAUACUGUUGCCCUUUAAGAAACAUUGAAUCUGCUUACUGACAUAUUUUUUUAUACAAAGAUGAAAUGUUCACCUGGUCACACAGAUCAGAUCGUGUUUGUUGUCAAAUGAAAAAGGUUUUGGAUGUAUUCAAAGUCUGUGCUUUAACAAAAAAGGGAAGAUUGUUCUAUUAAAAAAUUAUAUAUGUAUAAACACAAAGUCAAAUUCAUUAAAUUAUCUUUUAAGGUACUUUUUUUAAAAAACACAUUUUAACAUUUUAAUAUUCUACGUCUGACACUUCACUAUUUGUUAAAAAAUGUAUAAUUAUGCAAGCUACUUUUUUUUCUGCGGUGGAUUCUAUUAAAAUUUUAUUUAAAUUCUGAUUUGUUUCCAGUUCAAAACAAGACAUUAAAACUGCGUUUUUAAAAAUG